UGUUUCUACCGGAGCGCUAGAGCCGUUGGACUGUUUGAUGAUCGUGACGUGGUGAUUGGUUACCAAGUACUAUCGCGAAAAACAUUACGGUAGCAAAAUUAGAUCGAGGUUGGGUUGUUGGAAUAAGCUAUCUCGGGUGGAGUAACAGGUUUAUCCUUUUCUUUUGACAAGACUUGUACUGUUUGCUGCUAAUUUGUCUGGGCUGUGGUGUGCGUGAGAGAGAGGGAGAGAAAGAGAGACUUGACUCAUUCUGAACUGAUACGGCGGCAGCAUGAAGCUCUACAGUCUUAGCAUCAUCUACAAAGGAGCAUCCAAAGCCAACCUUCUCAAAGCGGCCUAUGACCUGUCCUCCUUCAGCUUCUUUCAGCGCUCCAGUGUUCAGGAGUUCAUGACUUUCACCAGUGCCUUAAUUGUUGAACGAACAACACAAGGAAGCCGUGCCUCCGUCAAAGAACAAGAAUACCUGUGCCAUGUGUACGUGAGGAACGAUAACCUGGGUGCUGUGGUCAUUGCAGAUACAGAGUAUCCACAAAGAGUCUCUUUCACAUUGCUGGAAAAGGUACUAGAGGAAUUCUCCAGGCAAGUGGACAGUAUAGACUGGCCGUCUGGUAAUCCUGAAACCAUAAACUACAAAGCCUUAGAUAUUCACCUGUCUAAAUACCAGAACCCUAGAGAAGCAGAUGCAAUGACCAAAGUGCAGGCAGAACUGGAUGAGACAAAGAUCAUUUUGCACAACACCAUGGAAAGUCUUUUGGACAGAGGAGAGAAACUGGAUGAUCUUGUGGCAAAGUCAGAACACCUGGGAAACCAGUCUAAAGCCUUCUACAAGACUGCACGGAAACAGAACUCAUGCUGUGAAAUCAUGUGAUGUCACUGCCUCGUCCUUUUGGAAACGUGUGUCUCUGCCUUUCUGCUUUUCCUACACCUCCCAUCAUGCACUGGUUACCAGCUCUCAACACAACGGACAGAACAGACACCGUCUUGUAAGGAGUGGGGUGCCAGGAUGAGAGCAGGAGAGGGUGGAAGGUGAUAUACUGUCUUAAGUGUGACCUAUCCGGAUUGUGACUGAUGGGGGUUGAAGGAGUGAUGGGGUUUAGUCAGGGGGAGAAGUAACGUUUGAAUUAUUACUAACCUUGUCAAAGGGUAACAAUCUGUUUGGUGUUUUGAAACCAGCUGAGGACAUAAUGGUGUGACGUUGUAUGUCGGUGGUGUUUUAUCUUCAGAUCAUUUAAUAUUACUUGGAUUGAAUCAAAUUUUUAUAGUUUGAUCUCAAUUAUUUUUCUUUUUUUCCCCAACAGAGUAUUAACCACAGUUGUGCUUUUGCGUCAACUCUGACAAUCCCAGAUUUUUCUUAUCUUGUGAACUCAUACAGUGUGUCACUGUUACGGUUCAGUUCUUCUACACUCGCUUUACUCCCAGACAUAACCUUUAUGUCCACUAGGUGGCCCUGUUUACUUUAGUGGUCAACUGAGCUUCAGUAUUGAGGUUUACCUAAGCACAGACAAGAUGGCUGGAAGUAGCUGCUUGGACAUGUGAUAUCAAAAUCUCUCAGAAUUUUACGUUGAUUUUAAAAAUCUUAAUUAUACUGGAUUGAGUUACAGGAUUUCUUUGCUUCUUUUUUUUCUUGUCCUGUAGUGGUAAAUAAAAUCUUAAACAUUCCUGCUUUUGGUGAUUGUGUUAUAUUGAGUGAUAAAAUGUCAAGAUGGAGAUAAGAUGUUUAAAUGUCAAUACAUGUUUCUCCAUAGAUGCAGCGUUAUCGCAGUGUGACUAAAGUGUAACUUUCCUGUCCUGUUUAAGAAUUGUGUCAUCUAAUGAGCAGAAUGGGACUUGUAAGCUUUUCUCUGUUGAUCUGUGCACCAUGCUUGUCACUGUGGUAGCUGCCACACAACACUUACACAGGUUUUUACUGUUCACUAUUCCACGCAGGCCCACCAGGGCUCGUCUUCAUCUCUCAAACUUACCAAAAUGGAAGUUUUACUGUCAUUCCUUGAGACUUGGAUCUUAGGAACCUGCAGUGCUGUUGCACUCUGUCCUCUGAUUAUAUAUACUGUCACUAUAAAUGGGUAAUUUCAUAUUGUAAGACACUCCACCGCUGACUGUUUGUUAUUGGGCUGAGUGGUGAGAAUCAUUUUAAAAUGAAGUCAUGCCUUUGGUUGUGUGUUUUUAGAUGUUUAUCUGCUCUGUUCCCGUUCUGCAGUAUGUAUGUGAUUUGCUGAUCUACACCAUCCGCAGGCUGCAAUGAUGUUGAGUGCUUGUGUGUUUGUGUGCGAGCGAUCAGAAUUUGCUCUUUCUGCUUUUACAGUGUAAACAUUUGUGCAAUAUCUCUGCAGACUGUUGGUGUUGCUGUGUAAAGCAGAGAGAAUACAUUGAAAUAUUUACCAUAAAGGACAAUACAUUCA